AUGGACGACAAUAAUGCGCAGGGCUUCGCUUCUGCUCCUCCUACUCCUCCUCCACCUCCGAAAGAAUAUCCUCCUCUCCAGCGCCUACCCUCCCUUUCCAAUGCCAUCUCCGCCGCCCUAAAACCUUUCUCCCCAACCUCCCCAGCCUCCCCUGUCCGAAGAAAACCUCUCCCUUCUAACGUCUCACCUGUUGUCAAGUCGCCCGAAGCACAGACGAUUCAGAAUCGGGUAGACUCGCCCUCAUACAGAAUACAGAGGAAGAGAGUCCCCUCGGAUGUUGUAGGCCAGACGACCCCCGAUACAACCUCACCCACGCUUAACCGAAGAAAUACAAACGACAGCAACCCGACCAAGACAAUCACAGACGCCUCUCUGCCUCGAGUUGUGGGCGGCAGUGUAACAGGUUCCCCAAAGCGCAGUCACGCGUCGAAACGAUCAAAUGGUUACUCGGUAGACAGUGUCAUUGUAGAGGAAGACAUGGGACUGAAACCUGGGUCGAGGCCUCCGCCUCUGCGGACGGACUCGACGUCUUCCACAAAAUCACUGACCGUAAUUGACGCGAAGAAACCUCAGACUCCGGGCAGCAAAUUUACUUCAUUCUUCAGCCGCAAGCCUGCGGCCUCGCCCAGCACGGAAUCUUCAGUCACAGACAUUUCGGAUCGGAAGUCCCCCCUCCCAUCGCCCUAUGGUCCUUCACCCCAUGCCUCAGCACACUCUUCGCAGGGAUAUCCGUUCCCCCCUGUUCCGAGGCCCCCAACAUCACAACCCUCUCAAGACUCGAUUGACUUUGACGGAAGCUCAUACGCCCAAACGUUGGUCAACAACGACGGAAACAGAAUCUCCAAGCUUGAAGCCGAACUCCGCGACAUCAGCACCGAACUUGCUAAUUCGAUCAAGAGAGAGAUGGACCUGGAGGACCUAGUCGAACAGCUCCAGACGGAGGGACCUUCUGUGACCAGGGAAACUGAUCGCACGAGUGAUUAUUUUUCGGAUUCCGGCACGAGUUCCAUCAGGCCAUCGACAAGUGAAGGGAAUCCCAAGGAAGAAAUCCAAAGGAUCAAGAGAGAAUCAGAGCAGCUUCGAGCACAGUUAAAGGUCGAAAUGUCGCGGAAAUGGCAAAAUGAAAGGUCGAGCCGGCAGGCACUUGAAUCUCACAUCCAGAUCCUUGAGCAGAAACUCUCCUUGUCACGUCGAGACAACAAUGAGUCCGCCGAUAUUUCUGCGAGGGUCAAGGAGUUGGAAGUGGCCCUGGAAGAUGCUAGAAGGCGGCUGAUGGAGGAAAGACAGAUCAAAGAGAACUUUGAAGACCUGUUGACAGCACUUCGCGUCGACUUGGAGCAUCAUCGGAACGAAAGAGACAACUUGCGAGACGAAGUAGUGCCGCAAUUGCGCUCACAAAUCGAGGGUCUUGAGACGAGCUUGUCGGAAUCACAGAAAUCCGAUUAUGACUUCACGCGAAUGCAGCAGGAGCUGCAGAGUCUGCGAGACGAAAAUGCCGCCCUGCAGAGUGCCCGUGCGAUGAACAUGCAAUUUCAAUCGAUUGCUGAAGAAGGCGAGAUUGUUGAAUCACCAAGAACUUCAAUGAUCCCAAGUCGUGCUUCUGGUUUGCAAAGGUCAAACACGAUUCUGAACAGGUCGAACUCGAGAGCUGCGCCAAAUCGAUCAAAUUCCUUGUCGAGGUCGAACUCUGUUAAUCGUGCUGCUCCAGAGAGUCAACAGUCCCUUGCCGAUCAAUUGAAGGAUGUGACAGAACAAAGGAAUGCCUUGCACUCUACCGUAAAGUAUUUGCUAAGAAGACAAGAGGCACAGCGACGACAGUUCGAGAAGCGCCUCAAGCUUACCGAAGCUGAACGAGAUCGGGCCGCUUCUUUACACGGGCCUAAAAAGGGAGGCUAUGAACGGGAAGUCCGGACGCUGCGCUCGGAGAUCAACCUACUUCGGAAACGGGCGGAUGACGCUCUCGAACAGAAGUGGCAAUGCGAGAAAGGCCUUUCCGGGUUGAAAAUGGACCUAGACCGAAGUAAGCAGGAAACUGCUAGCUUACAGACACUGUUACAAGCUCGUGACGAGAGUGCACCAGAAGUCCUCUCAUCGUCACUUGAGCAGGCCCUCCGUCAACUGGAACAACAGCGGGAUCAAGCUCGGCAGCAGGAAUCCCUUGGCUCGUUGAAGCAUGAACAAGAACUUGCCGCCGAAUUGGAAAUGUCUGCACAACGGUCUGAGUCGUUGGCCGCCCAGGUUCGAAAACAAAUGCAAGCCAAUGCCGCCCUGAGGGAUCGGCUCAAAACAGCCGUCGAGAAAGGCGAGCAGAAUCAACAAGCAUCAGCUGAACAAAUCAAUGAACUCCAGACCAAGCUUCGCAAACUGGAAGACGUUAUCAACGUCGCUCAAAUGCAGUCAGAAACCGCAGUAAUGAAGCACGAAGAAGAAGUCCGCGUCCUGAGAGCUAGCCACAAUAUCCAGCUGAUGCGCACGAAGUCGGGACGUAAGACACCAGGAUACUUGACCCCGACGCCCCGGUCCCCAAUGUCACCAAUGUUUGUCAACUCUAAAAAGAGCCCCCGUCUCAAUCAGACGACUUCGGGCCCGGGCAUGGCGCUGCAACAAGCAUUGAAGACCGAGUAUCUGGAAAACAAGGUAGCCGAGCUGGAGAAAGCCCUCUCAGAGGCAGAGAAAGAGAUGGGGGAAGUAGUCGGACGGAUGAACACGGCUCAAAUGGGGGUUGCUGAGCUGGAAUCGGAAAGAGACGAAGCCCUUCGCCAAACACGGCGGCUUGAAGCUGCCAUCGCUGCGGAACGAGAGAAGGUGCAGGCGCUUCUCAACGACGACUUUAACUACGGGGGAUACAACUCAGAUUAUUAA